AUACCGUCAAUAGCCACUAUGUGCACCAUGGUCCAAGAAUGUUUUGGCUUCGUACCUUGUAAUUGGCAAGUGCAGUCUGCUCAAGCACAGCUGAAACAGAGAGACAUCAUCACUUUGUCACCUACAGGGUCUGGAAAAACACUCACAUUCUGGAUACCUCUCUUGUUCAACAACAGUGGCAUCACUAUUCUGAUCACUCCACUCACCAUUCUUGGAGAAAAAAAUGUCACAGAGUUACAACAAGUCCAGAUCCCUGUGGUGAAUCUUUCUGCCACAACAGCAACAGAUGCAACAUUCAAGGAUAUUGCCACUUGGAAGUUUCAUGUUGUAAUCAUCAGCCCCGAGAUAAUAUUGUUGGACCGUCACUUCAAUACCUUGUGGAAGACACCACAAUUUGUCAACAAACUUUUCAGCAUUACCUUUGACGAGGCGCAUUGUGUCAGCCAAUGGGGUGGUGACUUUCGCCCCUCCUAUGCUGAGCUUGGUCGACUUUGUUGGCUAGUACCUCCGCAUGUUGUGUUUCAUGUAGCAUCUGCCACACUGCCACAACAUGUACUACAUAUUUGCAGAAGUUGUUCUAUGAACUCUGAGAUGGUCAUGUUGUUGACCUCGAAGCACCGCAGUACAUUGUUCAGCUUUUGCCAUAUUUCACGGUUCAUCAGUUGCAGAUUUGGGUGUUGGUAUACAGCAUUAUAUUCAGCACAGUACACAGAUGAGCAGCUGCCAAUUGACAUGCGUUUCGAGCAUGGCAAACAUCAACAAUGA